AUGGAAUCAAAAAUAUACUCAUCCACAAGAGAGGUUCAGCUCGUGGCCAAGGAGGAGAUGACAUUGAUAGCCGUGUUGGAUGAGUUUGUGAUGUCGGAGCAACGAGCUGGACGUGAUGUCAAACAGAACAUUUUGACAUUUUUGAAUCACGUGAAGGCUGUGCGCCUGCCCCAUUGUGACAAUGCAGAAUUCGGCGAUAAUCCAAUCACAGCCUUUCACCUACUUAAGAGGGCUUUAUUAUGGGAUGAGGUCGUUAGCUCGAUCUGCUGUGACACGUGUAUGGAGAUAUCAAGUGUGACGGAGUUUUCCAACAGUAUACUCGAACUCCAUGAGGAAGGUGGACCGCCUGUAACACUAGAUGAUGUGAAUGGAACGGCAAAAGCCAUCCUCCGGUUAUGGAAAACGUACGACCUUGACAUAGACAAACUGAUGUCGGGAAUAAUUUUAGACACAAAGACAGAACCUCUCACAAGCUCAGACAUCAUAGACAUAUCACAUCAUGCAAAAGGAUUUCAGAAAAUCGUGUGGCUAGAGAAACUGUUAGAACGAUAUAAUGUUUCCAAAGACGAGGAUAUGCUUAUAAAGUCAAUGUUAGCUAAGGAGUACAGUGAGUAUGGAAUGCCAUGGAAAUCUGUGGAAAUAAUAACACCUUUCCUGUAUAUAGAUGACAACAACAUUAAAGCCGACUAUCAUUUGUACAUGUCACGGAGCUACAGGAUAGCUGUACACUCUAAAGUGUUGGAGCCUGAGGUAUCGUCUGUCCGAGACGAAGUCUACAGGUCGUUGUGUAGAGGUGAGUUAAGGACUGCACAAGAGAUGUCGUUGCUUAGGUGUUACCUACGACCUACAAGAAUUCCUUACUAUUGGUCAAAGGAGGAAGUAAUGUACAACAUUCCACGACUCACUCUUUUCCAUGAUGUCUUAUUCGAUUCCGAAAUACAAUUUAUCCGAACUGCAGCGGGGAAAAUUAUGGAGAGGUCGACGGUUUUGACUAAAAAUGAAAGCGCUGUAAGCGAAAAUCGCGUGAGCUUCACUGGCUGGUUGUUUGAUGCUGCGAAAGGAAACGAGCGUUUAUUGAAAUUAAACAGGCGAAUAGGUCUUGUCACGGGACUCGAUACCACGUUCAGACUACAAAAUACCAGCAUUGAACAAUACCAGAUAGCGAACUAUGGAAUAGGAGGAAUGUACGCGCCUCACUAUGACAAUCUGAAUAUUCCUAUUUGGAAGCCUUCGACGGUAAUAUCCUCGGAUGAUUGCAGAUACAGUGGGGAGAGAAUAGCUACAUGGAUGUUUUACAUAAGUUCUGUGAAGGCUGGCGGAGCAACGGUUUUCCCGAAACUGAGAGCCAGGGUACCAGUUGUGAAGGGUAGCGCUGCAUUUUGGUACAACGUUCUUCCUAAUGGUGAUAAGGAUGAAAGAAUGCUACAUGCUGGCUGUCCAGUCUUACUAGGAUCUAAAUGGGUGGCAAACAAAUGGAUUCGCCAGGAAGGACAGGUCCUUACUAAACUAUGCGGUAAAACACGAGAGGCAGAAUUCGAAUAUGACAUCGAUUAAUAGUGAUUAAAUAAAAAAAAAAGUAUAACAAUGAAAACAUAACACAUUUUACUUUAAAAGACGCAUUUUGCUUGUUUUUAUUUUAAAAAAGUAUGCAUUACCAGGAAGCCUUUUUCUCUUAUGCAACCUAAUUGUAUGUGUGCAUUUUGAAAGAUAAAAUUUUCGUUUUAUUCGAGUAUGUAUUAAACAUAAGCACUCAAUCACCCUGUCUUUCAAAAGUUUAAAUCAAAGCCAACAAAGGGAAUGUGCUUCGCUUCGUAUUAUCUCCCUUUAUAUGGUAAAAGCUUGCGAUCAUUUGCCCUACUAUGAACUGUUUUAAAAAUAAAUAAAUCCUUUACGUUUAUAAAUGACCAUUUUAGAUCAUGAAUGUUAUUUUAUGAUUCAAAAUAAAAAAAUGUUCCAGUGUUGAAAUAAUAAUACACGAAAUAUGUGAGUUGUUUUGUCAUCAACCAUCAUCAAAUAAAACAUUAAUAACGGGUACACUCCCUUGCUCGGGUAAUUUUCAUGUUACUGUAAUCUGGAACACUUCAUCUUUCUGAAAUGUUUAGGUAGAAUUUCAAACUGAACAAUAAAUGUAUAUGCUUACCAUUAAUGUCAAUUUUGUGCAUUUGAUGAUCAAAACGCAAUAUUUCGAGUGAUAGUUUUGAAUUUGAACAAAAACCAAUACAAAUAAUGUGGAACUUUUUACAAACUGUAUAGAUAGAUAUAUUUCAAAACUAAAAAGACAUGGUGAAUACAGUGAGAUGUUUCGGAAUACAUUUUCCAUAAAUCUCGGGAAAGUAAAAAAUGACUACAUAAAUGAUAAUUGAAACACAUCAUAAUAGUAAACAAUGAAUCUAAGCACCAAAGCACCAUUGAUGAUUGAAAGAACUUUAGAAUAAUUUAAAACAAAGAACAAAGAGGAAAAUAAAUUAACUAUAACGAAAGAUAACGCUAAAAAUAAUGGAACAACUGUUUAAACUAAAUUGAAUAGGAAUAAAUUAGUAUGCAUACCUUCACACUCCAUUUCACAACAUAACGUCAUAAAACAUAGGUAAACAAGAAAAAUAACACCACAGUUUGUUCACCUCCUGUCAAAAACAAAUAUCUUAAAAUCUCAAACUCUCAGUUUUAUGUUUUAGAGAGAACCAAUAAAGGAAAACUAAAUGAGGUCAAUGGUAAAAGAUCAGGAUUCAACACAAUGCAAAAAAAAAAUAAAAAAAAUAUAUAGUUGAUAAAUUUAAAAUCAACAGAACAUACUCAUGGAAAACAGAAAAUAUAAAUCAACACUGGGGACAUAUCUAUAGCACAAGUAAAUAAUGUAAUUUCAACAAGAAAAAGACCAAUCCGUGGAUUGAAAAUUACAACAUUAUGUAACACCCUCACCUGUCGGAAACCUUCAACUGACAACAACAGCAACAAAAGAGUUGUAGGUUCCUUGGGUGGUAGCCGUGUUAACAGAAUAUGGAUUCACAUUACUAGGAGAUACAAUUUUGCAUCAAACAAGGCGUAACAAAGGAAGCUGAAACCCGAACCCCAUCUGAAGCCUACCAUCUCUCCACAACACUGCCAGAAAUUGACUUUCUGUAAGCCUUGGUGCCCCGUAUGAUUGCCCAAAUCAUCCAAAUACAUCUAUUAUGUAUUUAACCAUAUAAUUUGUUUAUCAUAGAUCAAAGUUUGUUUAUCAAAAAAAAAAAAAAA